AUGGAUCUAGUGGAUGUUCAUACCAAAACGCAAACUUGGUUGAAUGAAUAUAAAGGGUGGCACGAAGUUAAAAAGUCCAGCGAGGUUCCCACCAUGCAUAAAUGGCAAAAACCUGUCCAUGGUUGGAUUAAAUGUAACUUUGAUGGUGCUUGGGAUGAAAAUAGAGCUCUCAGAAGAAGUAGGGUGGUGGUUCGUGACAAGAAUGGGAAGUUUGUAGUGGUCAAAUCAGUGCAGUUUUCUAGGGUUUGCUCACCUAUGUUGGUAGAGAUUCUUGCAAUUUGUGCAGCUAUGGAAGUAGGCAGACAAUUGGAGGCAACAUGUUUGAUUUUUGAAGGUGAUGCUUUGUUGGUUAUUAAGGCUUUGCAGCGGGACACGGUUGCCAACAAUGGCCCAUUUGGGCACCUUUUGCAUGAUAUUCAUCUCAUGUUGUAG